UUGGGCUAACUCCUCACUGCGGUGUUGCUCCACAGCCAGCCCCCGCGCGCAGCCCUCCCCGCGCCCGCUAGGCUGCAGAAUCCGCCGCCCACGCCGCCUUCUAGCCGCAGUGCGCGGCCGGGCCUUGGUCGCGCGUGCGCGCGAGAGAGGGAGGGCGGGCCGCCGCCUGAGGAGGCGGGACAGGCCCUCGCGGUGUGCAGCUCAUUGGCUCUCUCCUGCAGUACCCGCCUCCGAGCGUUCGAGGCGGCGGGGCGGGCCACGUCAGGCAGCCGGCGCUGGGCUGAGCUUGUGGCAGAAGGGAGAAACUGCGUACAUACAUGUAAGAGAAGCAAAAAUGUCAGAUGAUAUCAGGAAAAGGUUUGAAUUUCCAAAUUCUCUUAUCCAAUCACAGGCUGUGGGUCAUCUUCUUGCUGCAGUCCUAAAGGAAAAUGGUUUUUCAGAAAAGAUUCACCAAUCUACAGAUCAGACUCCUGCUUUGAACUUGCUGUGGGAGAAGUGCUGCAGUGACGAUGUAGUGGUUCGAACAGCCUGCUGUGAAGGUCUCGUGGCACUUGUUGCUCAGGAUCAUGCAGAGUUCAGCUAUGUUCUCAAUGGGGUACUCAACCUGAUUCCAUCAACCAGAAAUACACAUGGCUUGAUAAAAGCCAUUAUGAAAUUACUACAAAUGCAAGCUCUUAAGGAAGGACAAGGUGGGGAGAAGAAUAUUCAGAAUAUAUAUACUAUUAGAAAUCAUCCUCAGCCUUUGAUCACUGUGCUUGAACACAGACCUGAUUGCUGGCCGGUAUUUUUGCAGCAGCUGACAGCUUUCUUCCAGCAGUGCUCUGAAAGGUCAGAAAUUUCAUGCAUUCAAAUAAUGGCACCAUUUCUGUGGUAUCUGUAUUGUGAACCAUCUCAGUUACAAGAAUAUGCUAAACUUCGACUAACCCUGCUGAAAGUCUUACUUCAACCCCGGGUUCUUUGUGACAAAGAACAACCGUCAAUACUGGAACAGCAGAUACUUCAACUUUGUUGUGACAUGGUUCCAUGUUUGCAGAUAAAAGAUUUGAUGCAGACAACAGAAGCAAUGCUGUUUAUUGAGGAAGUAUAUUUAAGCCUUUUGCGUCAUCCUGCUUUCUGGAAAACUCAGCUUAUCCAACUGACUCUUCAGCUGCUGUGUGUCUGUGAAGUCAGCUUAAAGAUAACUGGAGAAUGUUCAUCUUUAAUUCACCUUUUAGAGAAAAGUGUUGAACUCCUGAAGGAGGAUUUUCCUGUUGAACUGGCCAUAAUUGGAAUAGCUUUACUACUUCUACAGACUCCAGCAUGUCAGCAGAAGCCACUCUUAAAUCUAGCUUUGGAGCUCCUCUCUGUUACUGAGGAUCAGAAAAUCCCAAAGUCCUCUCUGCUGCUAGUGAUGCCAAUUCUGCAGAUACUAUCUUCUACUGCCUUGGAAGACUGUAUAUCUAUGAAUGAAGAAGGUCCCUCUAGGCAGCAGUUGGCUCUAAACCUCUUAGAAAUGAUACAGCAGGAAUGUUACAGAGACGACCACCCAAAGCUCUCCUACAAGCUUGUGUGCCCUGUAACCAGUAUGUAUGGUUCAAUAUUUACAACCUGGAGGAUUCUUGAAGUAAUGAGAGAUGUGUCUGCUGCAAGGGACUGGUUGGCUUCAGUAGAGUCCUUGCUUCCAAUUACUACUGUGAUGCCUGUACCUGCUUUUCUUCUGCUGGCUCACCUCCUUGUUGAAGACAAAGGACAAAAUCUUCACCAAAUACUGAAUGUCACUACAGAAUUAGCCCAAGCAGAUUCGUCCCAGGUGCCAAAUCUGAUUCCAGUUUUGAUGUUCAAAUUAGGAAGACCACUGGAACCUAUAUUAUAUAAUGAUAUAUUGUAUACUUUACCUAAGCUUGGUGUUCACAAGGUGUGUGUAGGACAGAUUCUACGAGUAAUACAACUGCUUGGAACCACCCCACGACUAAGAGCUGUCACUUUGCGCUUGCUGACAUCUUUGUGGGAAAAGCAGGACCGAGUCUAUCCUGAACUGCAGCGUUCCAUGGCCAUGUCUGAUAUACCUUCUCUUUCGGUGGGCAAGGAAGUCCAAUGGGAGAAAUUGAUUGCAAAAGCAGCCUCAAUCAGAGAUAUAUGUAAGCAGAGGCCAUAUCAGCAUGGUGCAGAUAUGUUAGCAGCUAUUUCUCAGGUGUUGAAUGAAUGCACCAAGCCUGAUCAAGCUACUCCAGCAGCAUUGGUAUUACAGGGUCUUCAUGCACUCUGUCAAGCUGAGGUUGUUUGCAUUCGCUCCACUUGGAAUGCUCUCUCUCCAAAGCUGAGUUGUGACACAAGACCUCUCAUUCUGAAGACCCUCAGUGAACUGUUUUCUCUGGUUCCUUCCUUAACAGUCAAUACAACUGAAUAUGAGAAUUUUAAAGUUCAAGUCCUCAGCUUCCUAUGGACUCAUACUCAAAACAAGGACCCAAUUGUAGUAAAUGCCGCAUAUAGAUCCCUGUCCCACUUUAGUGCGGGAGAACACACCAUUCUUCAUCUGCCUGAAAAGAUAAGACCAGAAAUUCCCAUUCCUGAAGAGUUAGGUGAUGAUGAAGAUGAGGAGGAUGUGAAUCUUUCAGUUCCUGGCUCUUGCUAUCUCAAACUAUUGUCACUUACUAACUCUUCUGUUUUACCAGCUUUGGAGGAAUUUUUUACAUCACUUGUGAAGCAAGAAAUGGUGAAUAUGCCUCGUGGGAUAUAUCACUCUGCAUUAAAAGGAGGUGCCCGCACAGACCAAGGAAAGACUGUAGCAGGAAUCCCCAAUUUUAUAUUGAAAAUGUAUGAAACAAACAAGCAACCAGGAUUGAAACCUGGCCUUGCAGGUGGUAUGUUAUUUUGCUAUGAUGUUUCGACGUAUCAGAGUAAAGAUGGAAAACCAUUGCAUAGACUGAUGGCCAGUAGAGGGCGAAGUUUCAAGCAGACUUCACUUGCUCUUGUACAUGAGGUUCAUAUCCAGCUUUCGGAGUGGCACCGUGCGAUUUUUCUUCCACAGGCCUGGCUUGCGUAUAUGAAUCGAGCUUAUCAUGCCAUUUUACAGGGAAGACUGGGAGAGCUGGAGUUACAGUUAAAACAUGGAAAAGAAGGACCUGAGGAGGUGCAGUACAAAAAAAGCACAGCCUGGCUCUGGAUUAGAGACAUGCUGACUGAUGAGAUCACCAAGACAGCUGCAAAGGAGAGUCCAGUAGUGAAAGGCAAUGCGCUGUUAGCCCUAAGCAGCCUUGCAGUCGUCGUAUGUAGACAUGAAGCCAGCCUCUCCUCAGACUCUGAUGGGCUCCUGGAGGUUCAACCUAAUUUCCUUUCAAUGAAAGAUUGGAUUUCCAUGGUACUUGAUACUCUCUUGGUCAUUGUGGAUAGCCAUUACCAACCCAGAGGGCAACUUCUCUCCUGGUUUUAUUAUAAGUCCUAUUCUGGUGAAAACACAGCUAGUGCCAUUGCCCGUUCUGCUGCCGCCACGGCUUUGUCUCUCCUUGUGCCAGUUUUCAUUAUCUCUUGCAAAGAGAAGGUUGAGGAAAUCCUGAACAUGCUGACUGCCAGGUUACCUGGGAAACCAAGUGCUGAUGAGUCUCAAGCCGUGCAAAUCCACAUGGGCCUUGCUUUAGGGAUGUUUCUCUCUCGCUUGUGUGAAGAGAAACUCAGUGAUAUAUCUGGCCAAGAAAUGAACCUUCUUCUGAUGAAGUGUUUGGAUGCCCUGGAAAAUUGCUGCUUUGACACUAGUCUUGAAUACAACACGGGCUGUAUAUUGGGAGUUGGACUUGUUCUGUCCCUCAUGAGCCACAGCAGCCAAACGCAGUCCCGCAUUCAUGUGGCAGCAUCGCUUCGGAAGCUGUCUGCGUACCUAGAUGACAGUGGGAGCCAAAGCAGAACGUUUCAGGAGGUCCUUGCCUACACACUUAGCUGUGUAUGUACCUCAGCAUUCAAUGCUGGAAUUAUUGAAGCUCCAGAAGCUGAGGAUGUUAUGUACAAACUUCGAAUGUUAGCAGAGAACAGCCAGCAGACUUCAGGUUUUGCCCUGGCGUUAGGAAACAUAGUUCAUGGAUUGUCUGUGUGUGGACAUGGAAAAGCUGAAGACUUGGGCAGCAAACUACUCCCUACCUGGAUCAGAAUUGUUCUAACAGAGGGCUCUCCCACAAUGCUUUGUCUCGCAGCUCUUCAUGGCAUGGUGGCCUUGGUAGGCUCUGAAGGGGAUGUAAUGCAGCUGAAAUCAGAAGACAUCCAGACCUCUCAUUUUCAAGGCAGACUUAAUGAAGUCAUUAGAACCUUAACUCAGGUCAUCAGUGUCUCUGGGGUGAUUGGUCUCCAGUCAAAUGCAAUCUGGCUUCUUGGACAUCUUCAUCUGUCUACUCUGUCCUCAAGUCAAAGUAGAACCUCUGUUCCUACUGACUAUAGCUAUUUGCCUGAAAGCAGUUUUAUUGGAGCAGCCAUUGGCUUCUUCAUUACAGGAGGAAAAAAAGGUCCUGAAUCUGUGCCUCCUUCCCUUCUUAAAGUAGUGAUGAAACCCAUAGCCACUGUUGGAGAAAGCUACCAGUAUCCUCCUGUGAACUGGGCUGCACUUCUCUCUCCACUUAUGAGGCUGAAUUUUGGUGAAGAGAUCCAGCAGUUGUGCCUUGAAAUUAUGGUGACCCAGGCACAGUCAUCCCAGAAUGCAGCUGCACUUUUGGGCUUGUGGGUGACGCCACCACUGAUCCACAGUCUGAGUCUGGAUAUCAAGAGAUAUCUCCUGGUAUCUGCACCACUCUGGUUAAAACACGUCUCUGAUGAACAGAUCCUGGGUUUUGUUGAAAAUUUAAUGCUAGCAGUUUUUAAAGCAGCUUCCCCACUUGGAAAUCCUGAGCUGUGCCCAAGUGCCUUACAGGGUCUGAGCCAGGCCAUGAAACUACCCAGCCCUGCCCACCACCUCUGGAGUCUGCUCUGUGAAGCUACUGGGAAAAUUUUUGAUCUCCUGCCAAAUAAGAUUCGGAGAAAGGAUCUAGAGCUAUAUAUUGGCAUAGCAAAAUGCCUCUCAGAAAUGACAGAUGACGAUGCCACUCGGGUCACCCAGGUUACUAAGAGCAACAUAGAAAAGGCUGCCUUUGUCAAACUGUACUUAGUCUCUCAAGGACGAUUCCCCUUGAUGAACCUGACUGAUAUGCUGAGUGUUGCUGUGCAGCACCAUGAGAAAGAGCUGCUGGCCUGGAUGAUUCUGCAGAGCUUAUACCAGGCACGGAUUGUGAGCCAGGCCAACACGGGCGUUUUGAAGAGAAUGGAGUGGCUCUUGGAACUGAUGGGUUAUAUUAGAAACGUUGCUUACCAGUCAACAUCCGUUCAGAAUAUGGCUCUUGACGAGGCUUUGGACUUCUUGUUGCUGAUAUUUGCAACCGCAGUGGUUGCCUGGGCUGACCACGCUGCCCCUCUCCUCCUCGGUCUCAGUGCCAGUUGGUUGCCAUGGCAUCAGGAGAAUGGGCUGGCUGGGCCAGCACCAAGCUUCCUUGGCAGGAGUCCAAUGCACAGGGUCACUCUGCAGGAGGUUCUCACUCUCCUUCCCAGUAGCAUGCCUCUGAUGCUGCAGAAAGAGCCAUGGAAGGAACAGACCCAGAAGUUUAUUGACUGGAUAUUCAGCAUCAUGGAAAGCCCUGAAGAAGCCCUCUCAGCAAAGUCCAGGGAUCUUUUGAAAGCCACCCUGUUGUCCUUGAGAGUUCUACCAGAGUUUAAGAAGAAAGCUGUAUGGACCAGAGCAUAUGGUUGGUGAACAGUUUUGCAGUAACCAGCAGCAUUCUCAGCUGGAUGAGGAAAACCAUAUAAGAGGAAGAAGUUUUUCAGAAUUCGGGCCUGGGAUUACUGAUACAUGAUGUAGAAAGUUAAGGGUUAUGAAAAGGUGGCCCCAUCACUGACAGCUUGACACAUGCCUGCCAAGAGAGGAGUGCAUUGCUUCAGUCCCUCGGCCAGUUGAGACUGAAAUGGGAACUUUGGUUUUCUUUAUUUGGCUAGAGUUCAAUGUGGAGAUUUUCUUUGUGAAACUUGAGUAUUAUCUCCUCUCCAUUAAAUUCUAGUAAAAUAAUCUUGUCA